CUCUAAAAGCGUGCAGGCCAACCAUCGAUUGCAAGAAACAACUCAACUGAUCAAUACCAAGAUCCGGUGGAAUAUUCCGGGAAGUGCUGAAUAGACAUAUUAGCGAACUAUAUCGGAUAAAUGAAGAAAUUUCAUGAUUAUAACAAGAUUUUACAGAGACCUAGGAGUAAAUCCAUUCAUCCAAGCUGGAACAGAUGACUGUCAACGUGAAUGAAUCCGAAGAGAUUGUUCUGACGGCGGGCAAACGCGACAGUAAAGCGGUGGUUAGGCUGGACAGACGCCACGUGACAGAGGUAGACAGGGGCAAAGUUCAUCAUGUAUCCGGAGGCCCGUAUAAAGGACUUCUUAUCAACAAAAAAUCUCAAAAUCUUGAUAACGGCGAGCCUGCAGAAGCCAGGCUCGAAUUUUUGGCCUACCUUGUAAAUAAGGACCACAAUAACGAGCCCGUGCAGGACUCUUGGACCCUGAGGUUCUGGUUCAGGGGCAAACCAGAUGGCAUAACGAAGAAAAGAACAUUCUCCCAGUAUUUCCAGGAACUGAUGAAUCCGGAAAAUUUUCCAAAGAAUUACAUGUGUUUUAUGAAGAAAGCGAUGAUUCUAAUGAAAACCUAUCUGCUGAUAAAGAGAGUAGAACUAGAAGUGGAGCAGGUAUCCAAGGUUCAAUCACCAGAGGCUACACCACCAGUCAAGAGUUUUGUGAGUCUGUUUACUCCCGACAUUUAUCAGUACAACUUUGUACCCGAAAUUUCCAUGAACACCAAAACCUAUUUAACAUUUAUGAUCAAAGCCAAAUGUGACGCCCAUAUUGCUCUGUCAGCUAACUACGGAGAACUUCACAAAAAGACAAUAGAGGUUGUGAUAGGGGCAGAACACAACACAAGGUCCAUGAUAAAGGAUGGGAUAGAGGGAAGUGUGAGGGCUGAGGCAUUGACUGCCAAUGUUCUCAGUGGAUCUGAACUGCGAUAUUUCUGGAUAAGUUGGGGUGACUACAAGAUAGAAGUUGGGAGAGGAUCACACUACGGUGACGGAAAGUUUCUCAAAUGGAAUCUUCCAGAUAACAAACGAUUUGAUAUAACUUCAUUGGCUGUUGCCACUGACAACACGUCACAUGGCCAGUUUGAAUUUGCAGAACUUAUGGAGGUGGAGACAGACUACAGCAAGAAGGCAAAGAAAUCUAGGGUCCGAAAACAGAUCCUGUGGUUGGCGAAGAAACAAAGAAUAUUACACUGUCUGGAAGAUGCUUACCCAAACACACAGUCUGUGCCAGACAUUUUAACGCAAACAGCCGGUCGUAACUUGGACUCUGGAACUUUAGUGAUGCUUAUGAAAGAGCUGGAGAAGAGUCAGCAUGUGAGGGAAGUGGAGAUUGGGAGAUGGUUGAGAAUACAGUAUGAAAUACAUCACGGAACAGGACAUGACUUGAAACUUGUCAAGGAUCUCCCCCAGUUAACGGGCAGAGAGCAGCCAACUAUUGCCAUAGUAACGUCACUUUAUUGUGAGAAACUGGCUGUUGAUGCCAUGAUCGAUGAUAAAACAACCUUUGUCAAGUACAAAACCGAAGUUCGGCGUAGUUUUGUAGGUGAGUCGCAGGUGUACACGAUUGGUACAAUUGGUCGGUUCAAAGUUGUCAGCACGAAACUAUCCAGGCAUCCAACAUCCAACCAGAGCGCGAGAAUAUCAGCAGAAAACACUAUAACUAGAAUAUUAGGCUCAUUCAACAAAGUUGAACAUGUGUUACUGGUAGGCGUGGCCGGUGGUGUCCCCAUGCCGUCAAAUUACAGCCAUCACGUGCGACCUGGUGACGUAGUUGUAUCAAUGACUACAGAAAGAAGAGACCCGAUGUACAUACAUUGUGCCAGAAUAACCCAUGAUCCAAUUGGCAGGGGAUAUGUCUACACAACAAGACCUUUUUCAUGUCGAAACAAAACUCUUCAAAAUGUGUCCAUGAGUUUAGAGUCGAUUGUUAAAACUGAAUGGAGAAAACCACGGCCUUGGGAUAUUUAUAUUGAAGAAGGCCAAGAAAUCCUCGGGAAACAGGAGACAAGCUUUAAACGGCCAUCAUCGGAUAAAAAACUGCGCAUCAUAAGACAAAAUGAUAGUUCAGGUAUUAGUUUCGAACAUCCCAUACCCCCAAUGAAACACGAUCUAAAACUGGGGGUACCACAUAUUAGUUAUGGAGCCAUCGGAAGUGGCAGGUUGUUGUCAAGGACUCAAGUUGCUAGAACAGAUUUUGCCAUAAAAAGCAAUAUCAGAGCCUACGAUCUGGACUUUGAGGCUGUGUUGGAGUCUCUAGAAGGCAACAGAAAUGAGAGUUUUCUAGUUAUUAGAGGUAUCUGUGAUUAUAUAGAUGGGACCACGAAAGACUGGCAACCAUACGCUGCUCUUACCGCCGCUGCUUACAUGAAAGCUUUAGUGAUGGCGUUAUAAGUCAGGCCAUUCUGUGAGCUCUGCUUUAUUCAUACACUAUCUAUGACCAUGUACAAUAUAUUUUCCCAGUGUUAUCGUGCUGCAUCGCCAAAUCAGCUUACUUUGCUUUACAUUUGAGACAAUCUGCUGAAGCUGCUCUUUUCUUUAGAAUCUUUUAACUUAAUCCAUUCGUAUCUACACCAUGUACCGUCAAAUAAAUAACAUCAUUCCUUCUUGUCUUUUCCUCUGAUCCACAAUUAAUAAAUAUUUAAAUUGGAAUGUUGUUUACAACAUUUGUUUCCU